AUGUUACAACUUCUUGAUUCAAGAGCUGGCACUUCGGGCAGAAAAAGAAUAGCACGUAUUUUUGGUACUCCCGGGAUUUCGAACAUUUGCUUUACUUCAAAGAUGUCAGAAGGAAACAAAAUGCUGCAUCCUGAAUUCGCUGUUCGUCCAUUAAUGUACACUGGUUUAGGCGAUGUAAUUGGUUCUACUGUAUGGUCAAGUGAACAAGCAUCAUCAUUAGCUGCAAUUCCAGGAUCUAAAGUGGCUGAUUCAACUAAUUUUCCACAUCCAGUAGCUGAAUCUCUUGCAAAAUUUGGUAAAGCAGCUGAAAAAGCUAAUAGAAUGAGAGUUUUAGCUUCUGCUCAAGGUUUACAUGCACCAUUACGUUUAUCUAUGGAACAACGUAUAAUGCAACGUAUUCAACCUCGUCUACCUGGUUUAUAUUCUUAUCAUCCUUUAGCUAGUCAGUUAAAUGGAAGUUUAGAUGAGAUUGAUGUAGCUGACUUUAUUAAUCCUGCGGAAGAUUCUGAAUCUGUUGGAAUGCCUCAAUUAAUGAUGGAGCAUAAACUUGGUCUUUUGUAA